GAGGCCAAAGCCCAGUUGCUUGCUGUCUGAAGCGGCAGCAGCAAGCGGAGUGGGGCGAGAGAGGCUUCCGUCUCAGGGCUGCGGAAACUACCCUGCGAGACUGGCACUGAUUGAGGAAAGGAGGAACGCUUUAUUCGAGGUCUCGUCUCUGUGAAACAUCCCUUACAAAGUGUCCAGCAUUUACUGAAGGAAACGGCCUGCGGAGAUGGGCGACAAGGCGGGGACCAGAGUCUUCAAGAAGUCCAGCCCCAACUGCAAGCUCACGGUAUACUUGGGGAAGAGGGACUUUGUGGAUCAUCUAGAUCAUGUGGACCCUGUAGAUGGGGUGCUCCUGAUUGACCCAGAAUACCUUAAAGACCGAAAAGUGUUCGUGACCCUGACGUGUGCCUUCCGAUAUGGCCGUGAAGAUCUGGAUGUGCUGGGCCUGUCUUUCCGGAAGGAUCUAUUCAUCUCCAGCUUCCAGGCGUAUCCUCCACUGCCAGAGGAGCGCAAACCACUCAGUCGCCUGCAGGAGAGACUGCUGAAGAAGCUUGGCCAGAAUGCAUAUCCCUUCAACUUCACGAUUCCUCAGAACCUUCCCUGCUCAGUGACCCUACAGCCCGGCCCAGAGGACACAGGAAAGGCGUGUGGUGUUGACUUUGAGGUCAGGGCAUUCUGUGCCAAAACUGUGGAUGAGAAGACUCACAAAAGGUAAAUGCGACAGUAUGCCGAUAUCUGUUUAUUCAGCACCGCUCAGUACAAAUGUCCUGUGGCUCAGGUAGAAGCCGAUGACCAGGUGUCUUCGAGCUCCACGUUCUGUAAGGUGUACACACUCACACCCACACUAAGCAAUAACCGAGAGAAGAGGGGUCUGGCUCUGGAUGGACAGCUCAAACAUGAAGACACCAACUUGGCCUCCAGUACCAUAGUGAAGGAUGUGUCCAAUAAGGAGGUGCUGGGGAUCUUGGUGUCCUACAGAGUUAAAGUUAAACUUGUGGUGUCCCGUGGAGGGGAUGUGUCGGUGGAGCUGCCUUUUGUCUUGAUGCACCCCAAGCCCUCCGAGCAGCCCAACUCUAGACCGCAGUCAGCUGUGCCAGAGAGCGACGUCCCAGUGGAUGCAAACCUCAUCGAGUUUGAAACAAAUAACUUCUCGCAGGAUGAUGACUUUGUGUUUGAGGACUUUGCACGGCUCAGGCUGAAGGGAAUGAAAGACGAAGAGGACGACCACUUCUGCUAACGGGCCGGAGGCUGUAUGGACGGCCAUCAGGGGUGCCAACCUGCCAGUACUCAUACCUCUGCUCCACUGCGCCCAUUUGAUAUAGUGGAGCUCUUACUGAUACUUUCUUUCUGUCCUCCCUUCCUCCUUUUGUCUUUUGGUUCCCUUUCACAGCGUUUUCAGCAUCCUUGAGGUGCUUUUAAUCGACCUCUGUUUCUCUGGUCAUGCGAACCGCUUCACUGGGGUGCUUGUUUGUCCGAUAGAGAGUUUGAGGGAGAAGGAAACUGAUGUUUUUGUCGUUGGACAAAGGGGUCCAUUGAUUCAGGGGAUUUUAUUCGUUUUCCUUUUGGUUUUCCUGUCAUCAUAUUCCCACUUAUAUAUCGAGUGGGCAUUAUUAGCUAUGUAAUUAUGAUAUAUGUUCUAUGUUAUUUCAUUGUACAGUACAUACACUGUUCACGGACACCAUAGGGAACUUAAGUUUGGUGUUAAUUUGAUUCCACUUUUGCUAGAACUGUAAUCCAAUCCCUCCAUACCUGCUCGGUAGCUUUUUAUGUUAUAGUUAUGUAAAGCGUAUACAUAUCAUACAGAAAAACGCGUAGUAACACUUUUCUGUGCACUCGUAGUGCACGCAAUACUCCGAUAAAUAAGGUUGUGGCAUUUUUUUUAGUGGAAGAGUAGCGCAUCGGGACACAAGCAUCUGGUUUCUUAUUGUACAUUUUAGCCUCUAUUCCACAUGUCGAAGUUGUAGGAUAUGUAAACACUGCUACAAGUCUUCAGUGUGAAAUUAGCUUGUAGAUACAAGAAGAGGACAGGGACAGGCUCGGUAUGUGCCACACACACACACACACACACACACACAAUGUAAUUCCUCAUUCUUUGUGCCUGCCAAACUUUAUUUGCCAAAAUGUGAUGAUUUUACAAUGUUGCUUGUAAGUUAAGCUCCGCUCAUCUGGGUUGGAAAUCACAUGCUCAUUCCACGUUUCAGUUCUAUCACAGAAGCUGUCGAUGUAAUCAUUGGACUGCCAGAAAUAUUUUGAUGAUGGUAUUUAAAAAAAAAAAAAUAAUCGCAUUUAUACAAGCAUGAUUUCCAGGACUUUUUUGACUUUUUAAUCUCGUUCUCCCAGGAUCAGCCCUUUCCUAUGACAUUCUGCAUAGUUUACUACUGAACAAUGGCAAAUGUACUAAUGUUACAAUGUGUACAAGGAAGUAACAUUUUGCAGUGAACAAAGUGGAGCUCCCGUUGAAGGACAAAAAGCUAUCUUGAAAAUAAAGGAUUGCUUUGUAUAAAGCACCCAUAUAA